AUGCCGAAUGUUGACAAGGGUGUAAACAACGAGAACGCUCAUAUAUUGCUGUUAGAAUAUGAAAUGGCACUGUUAGUGGUGGAGGUGGAGCUUGGAGUCCCGAUUUUCUCCUGUAGCUGUGGCCUGGACAUAGCGGCUCCUGGCCCUGUGACUCCAGAGGUCCCCUUUGAACCAUGGAAGCCCCCAGUCAUUGAGGGGUUUAGCCCCACUGUUUACAGCAAUCCAGAGGGUUUCAAGGAAAAGUUCCUUCACAAGACCCGUGAGAACCACAUGGCACCCAUAGGUUGCCUGGGCACGGUGACUGCCCUCACCUAUGGCCUCUACUGCUUCCACCAGGGCCACCGCCCUCGCUCUCAGCUCAUGAUGAGCACCCGGAUGGCUGCCCAGGGCUUCAUGGUCGCAGCCAUCUUGCUGGGUCUAGUCGCAGCUGCUAUGAAGUCUCAAUCCUGAGCCCACGGUCUGGCCUUGAAAGCUCUGCAGAGAUCAUUCCAAAACCCAGGAGCCACCACUGGC